CACACUUAUAUCCAUCCAACGUCUCAUCAUUGAUGCCAAUCGACUCUCAAGAGAUCCAGUCAUCCGUUUAUUACGACACCACUCCAAGCGCUACUAAUCUUAAUGGAGAUAAUCGGUCCACUCCUCUCGACCACAAUGGCUAUGAAAUGACCAAUACUUACAACCCGUCCAGUCUUGUCGUUCCGUCGGGUAUCGGAGCGGCAUUGAUAUCAUCGAUGGCAACGCUAACGAAUGGAAGCGAACCCAUUCCCGAAUUGGGC